UUUUGUGAAGAAGGUUCUAUUUUGGUUGGUGGGUAGGUGUAGAAAAACUUAAGACAUCAAUUGAAAGACUCCAUGUUCGAAAUGAAAAAUGAAAGGCUCCCCAUUUUGGAUGCAUCUGUUUUUAAUCACAUUCAUGGGAUUCUUUUGUUAUUGUUCACUUUUUGCUGAUGCUAGCAUACUUAUUAGUAUUUGAGGAACCCUCGGAUUCCACCGUUGUAAGAGCUUUGCUGUCUUGUGAGAAAAAAAGGUGUUUUUAUGUUCAUUUUUAACACACAUAUGAAAAUAAAAAUGACAAUGUGUAGCUCAUGAAAUUGUAGGAUGGGUGAUGCUGCUGAUGCUGUUGUGGUGAGGGUAGUAGAAACAAAAAGAAGAAGUUCCGAGGUUAGUCCAUGGGAUGGACUUCCUGGAACUUUGGAGCAGAAGAGUAUCGAGUUCUCGGAAAAAAGGAAGGAAUCUUUACGAGCCCGUUAUUUGUAUGGCAUUAUCUUUUUGUUGGCAAAUCUUGUUGCUUGGUGCGCUCGAGAUUAUGGGCAAAAACUUUCCCCUCUGCUCCAUUAUCUAAAAGCUUGUGGUAUUGGGGGACAUGAUUGUUUUCAAACAAUGGGAGUCCUUCGCGUAAGUUUAGGAUGCUUCAUAUUUUUCUUUAUAAUGUUUGUAACGACAUUUAGUACAAGCAAGCUGCAUGAAACUCGCAACAUGUGGCAUUCGAGAUGGUGGCCUGUGAAGUUCAUUAUGUUGGUUGUUUCACUAAUCAUUCCAUUCUUUGUACCUUCAGAUUUUGUUCAGUUAUAUGGUGAGCUUGCUCGUGUGGGUGCAGGGAUUUUUCUUAUUCUCCAACUUAUAAGUGUUAUUGAGUUCAUCACAUGGUGGAAUAGUUACUGGAUGCCUGAUGAGAGAAAGAAUCACAGUUGCUUCCUCGGAUUAUUUACGUCGACAGUAGUCUACAUUGCUUCUGUAUGCGGAAUUGGUGUUAUGUAUUCGCACUACGUCCCCAGGCCUUCUUGCACUCUUAAUAUAUUUUUCAUCAGUUGGACUGCAAUCUUGCUUUUGGUAAUGUUGGUCAUAUCCCUACAUUCAAAGGUGAACAGAGGGCUUUUAUCUUCAGGGAUUAUGGCUUCCUACAUUGUUUUUCUCUGCUGGUCUGCUAUCAGAAGUGAGCCACCCAUUGAGGAAUGUAGUCCACGGAAGCAUGAGAACGGACACUGCGAUUGGACCACUGUACUGGGCUUCAUCAUUGCUAUAUGUGCAAUUGUUAUGGCAACCUUUUCGACAGGGGUUGAUUCACAAACAUUCCAGUUUCGCAAAGAUGAAGUCCAACAAGAAGAUGAUAUACCAUACGGAUAUGGCUUCUUCCACCUAAUCUUCUCCUUGGGAGCCAUGUACUUCGCCAUGUUAUUCAUCAAUUGGAACUUGGAAAGCUCAACCAGAAAAUGGAGCAUUGACGUUGGAUGGGCUAGUACAUGGGUGAAAAUCGUCAAUGAGUGGUUUGCAGCCACCAUUUACGUUUGGAAAUUGAUAUCCCCAGUUGUGAGACAAACCAAAGUCAUGAAUCAUAAAGAGCCUGUGCAGGAAGCAGACACCUCCAUCUGAUUUCCCAAUGUAACAUUUUGUAAUAUACGUAUAUAAUAAUGUAGGUCCCUCUUCCUUUUUGUGUCAUUUUUAUGUUUCCUCCAUUGGCUAUUUGAAGACGGAGUCCUAUUUUAAGCCUAUGGCCAUUGUAAGAGAUAAAUAAGGGUUCCAAAUUUCAUUGUCAAGUGAGAAAUAAAAUUUCAUUGUUCGUCUUUUUUUUAAAA